AUGGGGAACGUCUCGCCCACUCCACACCAGCUUUUCGUGGAAGCUGUGAUUUUUUGGAGCAUUGCGGUGGUGAUAUACAUGAUAUACACUACCCUUCUGGUGUUGAUCCAAAUAUCAGCACGCUAUGCAACCAACCUGAUGGACCCAAAGGACUACGACAAGGUACUUGCCGACCCGCAAGAAGUCAGCGACCGAAUCUAUGGGAGCAAGAUUGUCAUCGGGCUAGAGCAAUGCAUGCUCUUCUCGACAUGGGGAGUCAAAAUAUGCAUGCUGAUGCUCUACUGGCGGAUCACGCAAAACCUGCGUUCGAACCUUUAUAUCAAGAUCCUGUCAGUGUACGUCGCGCUGGGGUUCGUGGUGAUCAUGAUCACCUACUACGCAGUGUACUGCCGACCCUUCUCGCAGUACUGGGCAAUGCCCGUGUCUAAUAUGCAGUGCGCAACAUACCAGCACUACUCGAUCACACAAGCCGUGUUCAACAUCUCCUCGGACGCAGUGAUGUUCGCAAUCCCGAUUCCGCUGCUCGUCAAGGCCCAGCUCAAGCGGCGACGUAAAGUGUUACUGCUGGGCGUCAUGAGUCUGGGCCUGUUCACAAUUAUCGCAGCUAUCCUUAAUAAAUACUUCAACUUCGCCUCCCCGCUCACCACCACCUACCAGAUCUGGUACAUCCGGGAAGCCAGCACCGCCAUCUAUGUUGCGAACCUGAUGUGCUGGUGGCCAUUGCUGCGCAAACUCUUCGGCCUCAAGGCCUUCCAGUAUAACAGCAACCGGGGCCAGCGCGCCCGCGAUCCCAACAACAAGAACAAAGACAGCAAUGCAAUGUCUCAAUCGGGCGGCUCGCAGUCGCGCCCGUCAUUUAGCCUCCCGCGUGCUUUUCACUUCGCUCGACCCGGUUAUCGCAAAGCAUACAAGAAUGCAGCACCCGCUCGACAUAACGACGGUCGACGUUCGAGUCAGGAGGCAAUUAACCGGUCCUCGGCUGAGUUUAUGGCGGAUCUCCAUCGGGUGGAGGCCGUUCCACUUGAGGACUUGGAUAAGAACGAUGGGCGAGUCAUCAACGCGCAGAACCCGGCCAGUCAGGAAACGAUUGCGGUUCUUGAGAAGCGGCAUCCAAAGACGGAUGAGCUUGAGGAAGAGCGCGUCUACCAUGGCAAUGCCUGA